AUUGAGGAAUACUUCACUCACUGAAGCCAUAUCGUGAUUACUACCGAAAUUCCUGAGCAGGUUGCAGUGCACUGCUGGAAGCUGACCACACCUUGCCAUCACCGCAGUACUGCAGGUCCAAGGCAGAUUUUGGAGGCAUUCUUGACCAAAACCCUUGCGAACACGGAAACAUUUACAAGCAGAUAAAUUUGACUUCACAACUUAAUUUCGUGACUUUGGAACUCCUAACACUGGCGCCCAACUCAUAAAAACCAAGAUGUCAAUUUGAUAGUGCUGAUAUGCGGCAGCAUCCUGCAGGUGCGGUGAGCCUCAAAACCUUGACCAAGGAGGCUAGACAGCAGCAGCAGCAGCAGCAGCAGCAGCAGCAGCUCCAUCACCGCUCGCCCAGUUCAAAGGCCUAUCCUUCACCUGCGGGAGGCGUCUCUCAGGCCACGCCUUGCGUGACGUCAGGGAGGCAGCAACACUCCACAGUAUAUAAGGCGGCGCAUCACUCCUCAGCCAUCACUCGUGAUCAGCUUCAGUCACAGACGCCAUGGCUCUCAAGGUCGUCCUGCUCUUCGCACUUGUGGCCGCCGCCCUCGCCCGCCCCGACACGCCCUACCGCCCUCCCGCAUCCUCCUACCACGCUCCCGCCCCAGACGCGCCGCCCAGGUACGACUACAACUACGCCGUGGUGGACGACUACUCCGGCAACAACUACAAUGCCCAGGAGGCGCGCGACGGCUACGACACCCAAGGAUCCUACUACGUGCUGCUGCCCGACGGCCGCCGGCAGAGGGUUACCUACAAUGUCAACGGUGACUCAGGCUUCCUGGCCGAGGUGACCUACGAGGGAGAGGCCCAGUAUGCCCCCCAGAGCUACGCCCCCACCCCCUCCUACAGGCCAGCGCCCACCCCGCCAGCCUACCAGUGAGCACCGCGCAGGACACACUGUACACAAUUAUUUAUUAAACCAUUCACGACCUGCA